CGUUGGCGGCGCUGUUCAAUAACUCCACAAAAUUGUUUCGUCGCAUCACAAAUUACAUGAAUUACUUUGCGAUUGUUUUCUGAGAAUAUUUGCCCAUUUAAUUCAGUCUGCAAACAUGGGAUGCGACGGGGGAACCAUCCCAAGACGAGAUGAACUCGUGAGAUUGAAGAAAAAACCGGAACAGGUUGAUAAAAACAUGGAACGAAUGGCCAAAUGGCUGCACUGUGCAAUCAGCCAGGAACGACUACGGCAGCCAAUCAUGGCUUGUGAACUGGGAAGAUUGUACAACAAGGAAUCCUUAUUGGAAUAUCUGCUGGAUAAGUCGACGUGUGACUCUGCACAGCACAUCAGAGGGCUGAAGGAUGUGAAGGAGUUGAACAUGACUUCCAACCCCGCCUUUGAGAAGAGUGGACAGCAGAAGGAAGAUUUGUAUCUUGAAAAUGGCACUACACAGUACAUCUGCCCGGUAACAGGACUGCAAAUGAACGGACACUACAAGUUUUGCUUUCUGUGGGAAUGCGGCUGUGUCUUGUCGGAGAAAGCUCUGAAGGAAGUCAAGUCCGAUGUUUGUCACAAGUGCGGUGCUGCAUACGACGUGGACGAUGCCGUCAUCAUAAACGGAAGCCCCGAAGAGGUCGACGACCUGCGAUCCAAGAUGGAGGACAAGAGGGCGAAAGCAAAGGCUGAGAAGAAAGCGAAAAAGGCGCAGAAGAGAAAGUCAGAGGUUCCGUGCACUGUGACCUCACCCACUACCGACGACCAACCAUCCACAUCAAAGCAAAUCAAAACGGACUCAGAGAAACUGACCAAUGGGACACCAGGAUCAUCCAAACUGACCAAUGGGCAGCCAGCAUCUUCCAAACCGACCAAUGGGGCGGCAGGACCGUCCUCAAAACCAGCCAGUGGGCAGAAGGCGGCAUCCGGCAAACUGACCAAUGGCAGUGCAUCAUCUUUGAAAUCAACCAAUGGCAGCAAAGAUACGCCCUUCGAUCACACCAAGAGUGCCGUCUAUAAGUCUCUCUUCCUACCCAAAGAUCAGAAAGGCAUUAACAAAGCACAUUGGGUGACCUAUAACCCUUACUAUGCUAUGUCCAAGUAAAGAUAACAUUAAACGCGUUGAACAGUUGGCCCUUGUGAUUGACUUGUGGUAAGCAGGUGUGAGAUUUUCAGACUUUUGUCUGAAAUGAGACUUUCUGAAUCUGAGAGAAAGACAUUUUCAGCAUAGAAAGAAAUGCAUCUUUCAGACUUUUCAUCGAAUUUUCAGACUAUAUUUGAAAUUGACAAUUUCAUCGCUGGAUAAGUAAAUUUUAUGAUUUUAUGAAAUUUUUAUGAAACCAUAAUCAUAGAACCUUAAUAAGGGUGGUACCGCAUUCGUGCACAUGUUGUAUGCAUUCUUUAAAUUCAAGUUGAGCAUGCAAAUCACCAGAUUUUUGUGGAGCGAAAAAGAUGUUGGUUGUCUUUUUGACGUACUGUUUUGAAUUUGGACCAGUGUCCUAUGAAAUUUGGACUCCUAUGAAAUCUGGUGUCUUUUACCUUAUAUGGACUCAAACCCUCACAAGUGACCAUUCACUGAUCUUUAUGUUCACUAAGGCAUGCACAAUACAUCCAACGAGUCUGUAUUUCAUAGAGUCCAAAUUUCUCACCACACCGGUUUUGUAUAAACCUGUCCUAUUUCUCAUCGGUAUUCCAUACACCAACUUUAUAGAAUGUAUGUCAUACACCCUUUUGACAGUCUCUCAAAAAACUUGGAUACCCUAUUUAAGAAAGUCUAGCUAACGACCUUAUGACUACAUCAUCGCUGGCAUCAAAUGUGUAGGCCCAACCGUAUAAAAAGAGUGGUCUUGGGCCCUGUAUGGCUUUAAUAGUUAAAAGCUGAUCAGGCUGCACGGACAAGCUUGAGCUACUUGAAUGGAUUCUUAUGUAACAUCUUGGCAACCUCCAUGGUAUUGAUGCAAAAGCAUUUCCACUGAAAUUUUGUGAAAAUUUUAGGAGAAAUUUGAAGGUUGACGUCAGAUAUGAAAAUGGGAAAAGGUAUUUGGCACAUUUGCACUCAUCUGUGUUCCAUAGCUCCAUGCUUAAACCUCUUUAAAUAGCAAUUUUUAGCAUACUAUAUUUAGCUUUUGUACAAAGUGUGUAGAAAAAUUGUAAAUAAAUAAACAACAAAAAAGAUA